GGUUUUGACAACGAGUUCGUGGUCGAUGCAGGGUCAAUGGCGGCAGGAGAAAGAUGGUAUUUUACCAAAGAACAAUUGGCCUGCACCCCAAGCCGAAAAUGUGGUCUGGACGCGGACAAGGAGCUCUCGUACCGACAGCAAGCUGCCAAUUUGAUCCAGGACAUGGGACAACGCCUGCAAGUCACCCAGCUCUGUAUCAACACUGCCAUUGUCUACAUGCAUCGAUUCUACUACUACCACUCGUUCACCAAGUUCCACAGAAAUUCUAUAGCAGCCUGUGCUCUGUUCCUGGCUGCCAAAGUAGAAGAACAGCCGCGCAAGCUGGAGCACGUCAUCAAGGUGGCCCACAUGUGCUUGCACCGGGACGCUCCCCCGCUCAACCCCGCCAGCGAGGCUUAUCAAGAACAGGCAUUGGAGCUUGUCCUGAAUGAGAACAUGAUGCUCCAAACAUUAGGAUUUGAUAUUGGGAUUGAACACCCACACACCCAUGUUGUGAACUUCUGUCAGCUAGUCAGGGCUAGCAAAGACUUGGCCCAGACCUCCUAUUUCAUGGCUACAAACAGCCUGCACCUGACGAUGAUGUGCCUGCAGUACAAGCCUCGAGUGGUGGCCUGCCUGUGCAUCCACCUGGCCUGCAAGUGGUCCAACUGGGAAAUACCCAAGUCCAGCGAGAACAAGGACUGGUUCUGGUACGUCGAGCAGAGCUGCACCGCGGAGCUGCUUGAAGAGCUGACGUCCGAGUUCCUGGCCAUCCUGGACAAGUGCCCAAGCCGGCUAAAGCGCAAGAUCAUGAGCAUCGGAGCUGGGAGCAGCGGAUCAAGUGCUACGGGGGCACCGACACCAGUUGCUACAACACCGAGCGCCAGUGGGACUGCUUCAUCAUCUUCAUCCUCCCGGAAGGAGGCCCAUGCGCAGCAGAAGAGAGACGAGCGGACCGCAGCCUCUGCUAGUCACGAGCAGUCCACUGCAAGUGAGGCUCCUGCUAGCAGUGAAAGGCAGUCUACGUCCAGUAGCCACAGCAGCAGCCGGAAGCCACCCUCAGACCCAACCAUGCAUCGGAACGCCAAGGUUCCGCCACAUCACGGAUCAUCGCAGCGGUCGCCAGGGCUUGUGCAACCGCAGGCUGGCAACCAGGGUGCCGAGCACCUGCUUUCUCCUGGCAAGCGAAAGGCCCAGGAAGGGUCUAGCAGUCACGGUUCUCAGCCACUUUCACUGGAUGCGUACCGAGACAAGCGCUAUCGCCAGAAGGGUCAGCAAAAGCCUCAGCCUCCUCCAACCGACCGGUCAGAGUCGCAUCACGGAGCUGCGUCUCACCCUCCUCAUCAGGCUCCCUCGUCACAUUCGCAAAGCAGGCAUCACCAGCCCCACUCCGAGCCGACCUUUGACGCUGGUGCCUCUGCAGCACCACGGCUGUCAGCUUCCGCUGCCGACGGUGGCAAGCCAGAGCCACCAGCCGCACACGUCAAGCAGGAGCAUGCCUUCGAGGACACAAGUGGAUUCAACUUUAACUUUGCCUCUCACUUUGGUGGCGAUGGUGGUGACUCGUCCAUCGACAGCUUCUCCUUUGGCCUUGAUGGGCCAGACAUGAUGCCUGCCAUUUCGCCAUUGCAGUUUGAUGCUGACGACAGGAGCAACUCGCAGGAUGUACUCAUGACAGUGACGCAGCUGGCACCACCAGUGAUGCCACCGCCCCCAGCAGUGCAGGUCGAGGAGAGUAAUGGCCCACUGAAAACAGUGGCUCCCCCACCUGCUGGGGUGCUGCCCGCAAAAGCGGAGCCCCGCACUCCCCCACUACCACCGCCGAAGGCACGGCCCCCGUCACCCCCGCCGCCGGCAAAGUCGCUCCCGGCGACCCCGCCACUCCCUCCUCAGAAGUCGCGGCCUUCUACGCCCCCAAUACCGCCUCCAGCUGCACAGCCACCGCUUUUGCCACCACCGGCACCAAUUGCUGCUCCACUGCCAGCACCUGUUGUUGAGAAGCCAGAAGUCAAGCCUGAAGUUGUUGCACCCCCAGUAAAGGACAAGGAAAAAGAGAGGGCUGAACGAAAGGAACGCAGAGAAAAGCACAAGCACAAACACAGCUCGUCUGAGCGUUCGAAAAACAAGCACUCGUCUCCGGGCAAACAUGGCGGAGGAGACAAGUCUUCGGAAGGAAAGUCUCACGGUGGUGACAGAGUGCCUGACGCAAGCGCUCACCACACAGCAAGCAAUGCUGUCGAUGCGCAAGCUGCUACGAAUCAAACUGCAGAUGGCACGCCUGUGGCUGAUUCAGAAAGAAAAGUGGAACGCAAUGGUCUUAGCAAACAUGAACGCAAGUCUUCUAGUAGCUCAAAGUCUGAAAGUUCGCGGAAGGAAAAGUCUGAGAGGCGGGAGAAAGAGCGCCGGGAGGCGUCGAGGGAAGAAAAUGGCAGCAGGUCAUCGCAGCCAAGUGCUGGCGGUGGGCUGAAGAUCACCAUUAGCAAGGAGAAGCUUCAGCAGUCAGGCAGCGGACUGACAGGAAGCCCGCCGCGGGAGGCCCUGAAGAUCAAGAUCCCUAAGCUCAAAAUUGUUCCGCCCACACCAACACCACCCCCGCCUCCUCCUCCAGCCGACGGAGCAGAGUCCGGCAAGGGGCCCCACACUCCCCCGCCUCCCCCUCCGAGCACGGGCCUCAAGCUCAAGAUCAGCAAGGAGCGGUUGAACAGCGGCCGGAAGAGGGACCGGCGGUCCGAUGACGGGGAACACCGUGCCCGCUCACCCAAGUCGAGAAGGGUGUCCUCUGUGCCUGCGCCACCCCCCCCCACCGCCACCGCCCGGACCAAGCUACCCAGUGCCACCCGUGGCACCCUCUACUGGCAGUGCCAAUCAUGUGCCACCACAGUUUCAUCAAGGCUACGUUCCUGCGCCUCAGUUCUCGGCCCCACCUCCACCGAUUUAUUUUCAGGGGCCAUACGGCUACGUGCCAGCGCCUCCGCCCCCUAUGCACAUGGCGCCAGGUGCAUACCAGGUUCCCCAGUACUUUGGCAUACCACCCCCGCCGCCCCCUGUUGACCCGCCAUUGCCGAAAGAGCCGCCGCUCCCACCCCCGCCACCACCUUCAGAGUGAGCGGGAAACACGACUUUCUAGGCUAGGAUUUUAUACAAAUGUGUGCAUGCCACACCACUGGAGGCCCCCCUUCCCUUGUGAGGAUGACUGUUUCCCAGAAGUGGCUGUGCCUCCGGUUUUCCCUAACUUAUUCAGGAACACACAGUUGACGGGCUCGGUUCUCUGCUUUCCAGGAUCACGUGAGCAUAACUGCUCAGGUCGUGCUGUGAGAAUGUGUGUACUGUGGUACAUUCUUCAUGUGUAAAGCAGUGCCGUUGUCCCAGACAAAAUAUUGACCUCUUUAGAGUUGUUACUGCUUUGUGAGUGGUGUGUGUAUGUGUGAGAGAGAAGCCUGGAUUUUUCGUGUGCGUCGAUUGAGUGUUUGGUGAUUUGGAGCACCGUGCCGUUGUGCUGUGGCGUUAGUUCUUCUUUUCUUCCCUUCCAUGAUGCCGCCCACGUGUGAGAUGGUGUAUGCCACCUGCGUCGAACGCUGGUGGCUUCCUUGUUACCGCAAAACCUGUGCGGCCGUGUACAUAGUAGCAGAGUGGAAACUCUAGUAGGAGAGUUGUGCUUAGCAAUGGGGAGGGAUUUGUGUGCAGUAGCGGUGUAGGCCACACUGCACGGCAUGUCUGGGAUAAUGGGGGAGGAAGAGCGGUGUAGAGUGCAUUGUGACUCUCAGGUUAGGCACCGUCAAAGCUGUUUCCUUUGAAUUCAAGAAGCAAAAGGGAAAAAAAGUGGAAAAAAAAGGAAAACUGUCGAAGUUUGCUCAGUGUGAGUUGUACAUAGUGUAAUGCCUGUAUAUAAAAGUUGAAACAUGCAGUGUUGUGGUUGCUGUUAUGAUACAUUCAGCUGUGUGUUGCAAUAGAAGUCAUCUGAACUUAAUUUUUUUCUUGUGUAUGUACGUGUGUGUGCCCACUCCUGACAUGGCUUGUGUGGCUUAGUUUUCUGUUUCUUUUCUUUUCCUUUCUUUUUUGAAGCUGGUUGCUUCUUCAGCCAGUUGUGUUCAGAAGUUACUGCGGCUGGCAGGACCCCCUGUUUUGCCCCUGCUUUGUAAAUAAAGAUUAACUUGAUUGACAAUUACAGUGCUUUGUGAUAUUAAGUAGUCUGUCAAGUACAGUCUGCAACAGAAGUUCCCAGGCCAAAGUACUUUGUGACCAGAUUGCACAAAGAGCUGACUGCUGCAGCCAACACUUUCAACCUGUUGACAGUGUGGUUCUAGGCUUGUGUGGGCCUGUGUAAUGAAAAACUAUGCAAGUGCCAUCAAGCAUGCUGGCCGUCAGUUGACUUUUCAUGUUUUCACAGUGCUCCAAAUAUGAGUAUUAUGUGAGGGGUGUCAGUACAUAAUAAAUGUCAGCAACAAAAAAAGAAACCCAGAAAAUAUGGAACAGAUUACUUAUUCAAGUUGGGUGGGAUUUGACCUCGUAGCUUUCCUGACAUAUAGUACAGUUUGUAGUGUACAACUCAUGUAGCAAAACUGACAGGAGCUAAAAACUGUGGAAGUGUUGCAAACAUCCAGUGCGUGUCCUUAUGGCUGGUGCUGAGUUUUGUACGGGUGUCGCAAAAUUGGGAGCUAGAGGGGGAUUGAAUUUACUACUGUAAGGGAUCUAUUCCGCAGCUUGCACAAAUUAACCAAUGACCGUCAAGAAAUUCGAUUCUGUUUAAAAGAGUGGUCAUUCAGUGCACGUUGCAGUUUGAUUAACUGUUUUUCACAUCAUAAGCAUAACGAGCGUUUCUUAAGGGGAGAUGCUCCUCGAAAAAUCAUUUUAAUAUUUGUACUAGAGAUUUGAAAAUCCACUCACUUAUACAACCUUUCAAGCAGAUUUCAAAUAUGUCAUUAGUUGCGUAGCUGCUAUAGUUCUUGAGUUAUGUCCUACAGAAGGGCAAAAUAUAGUGAUUUUGCAGGCACUUUAUUGUGUAAUAACUUUCGCAAAAAACUUUAUGCUUUAGCUUAUGUAGCUCUUUGUAGACUACAAAGUGCCGAUAUCUAUCCAAACAGUGUGCAAAAUUACUGGAACUAUGAGAAAAAAUUAGGACACUUCAACACAUUUUUUUCGCAAUCCUAUGAAAACAACUUCGUACACUUAUAAUUGUCUCUUAUACUAACGAAAUUUGGCGUGCAUACUCUUGAAGAUAUAUACAGUGCUGGUACCUACUUGAAAUUGCAGUAUCUCUCGGCAGUAAUCGUGAAGUACAAGGUUAUAUUUCAGGGAAUUGAGAAAAAAAAAUUAGUUCAAAUAUCCUUGUUUUUUUGCCUAGUUCCAGUAAUUGUACAUGCUGUUUGGCUCAAUAUCAGCACUUUGCGAUCUACAAAAAGCUAAAGCUACAGCGCGAUGCUUUUUGUGGGAAUUAAUUGCACAAAAUAGUGCCCAGAAAGAUUACUAUAUUUUACCUUUGUGCAUCACAUAACUGCAAAACUAUAACAGCUACACAAACAAUAACUACAUAUUUGAAAUCUGCACAGAAAACUCUAUAAUUGGCUGCAUUUUGAAACCUCUAGCACAAGUAAUAAAAAAAGUUGUUUCGAGGAGCGUUCCCCCUUUAAAAAAAAUUCAAAUGCUUUUAAAAAAGUGUUUUGGACCUACAAAACUCUUCCAUUAUAAAGGUCACUUCAUGCGAGUACAUCUGGGAAUGGGACAGGCUAAACAUGUUAAGUAAAAGUGAACCUUUAUUUAACAAUGAAUUCAGCCACUUGUUUGAAACGGUACAGCACGGUUUUCACGGGGACAAGCAGGGAGAAACGACAAGGACGAGCGCUGACUUGCACGUCAGCGCUCGUCCGUGUCGUUUCUCCCUGCUUGUCCCCGUGAAAACUGCGCUGUUCUGUUUCAAAUAUAUCUUGCCAACUCGCCCAAACGUCUGUUUUAAUCAGCCACUUGGCUGCUGGGGCUCUUUAUUUGUUGGUAGGGGUGUCUGCCGCAGCUGCUGCGGAGUCUGGAACCUCCUAUGCAUGUUGUUGCAUCGUCUGGUGCUCGUCAUAGAGCACUGCAUGGGCCCGGGCCGUCCAAAGUGUUUUUCGGCGGGCUCAGACUGGGCUCGUGCUUAAAGCCAUGGACCUGGGCUGGGCUUGGGCCGGCUCUAAAGGACUUAAGUCAGGCUUUUGAGCACAUGCUAACAUUAUGCAUUGCAAGGUUGAAGUCUAUCUGUGCCAAGCUGAAGUGACAUGUGCAAAGAGCUGGCUCCUAGUAUACCCUACCGCAGAAAAGAGGAAAACAGAUGAAGUUCAAAUUUUUUUCUUUUCCACAAGAACGAACUUUGUUUUUGCGUCAAGAAAAAUAAUACAAUAAACCUCUCUUCAAACCAUUA